UUCAUUGUUUUCUAGGGUAUUGGAUACAACAUAAAGGUUAUUGUUGUUGGGAUCUAGUAUCACAAAAACUCCGUGUCUCUCGUCAUAUUGUUUUUUGGGAAGAUACUAUGUUUGCAUCUCUUUCUGAAUUCAAGGUGUCUCCUUCUCAUCAAACUCCUGUCUUCACUAAUCCAUCUCUUGAGUUAUUUCCUAAUGAUGAUGCAGAGUCUCUUGAUGAGCUUUCAAAUGAUCAAACUACCAUGGUUCCUAUUUCAGAACAUGUCUCUUCUGUGGAUAUUGCACUUGGAACAAAUGAGAUUGAAAAUCCCUCAGUUGCCUCCUCUUCCAGUCAUCCUAUUCGGGCUUUGGAAAAGACAAGUACUUGGGAUUUGGUUGAUCUUCCUACUGAUAAGACUCUUGUUGGAUGCAAGUGGGUAUACAAGAUCAAAAGUCGUUCUAAUGGAUCUAUGGAGCGCUAUAAGGCACGUCUGGUGGCAAAGGGUUUUACACAGGAAUAUGGCAUUGAUUAUGAAGAAACUUUUGCUCUUGUUGCUCGUCUUACCACAGUACGCAGUUUACUUGCUAUUACUGCUGUACAAAAAUGGAAGUUGUUUCAGAUGGAUGUGAAGAAUGCCUUUCUUAAUGGUGAUUUGGAAGACGAGGUUUAUAUGAAACCGCCUCCUGGACUUACUCAUCCUUCGAAUAAGGGAAUGGUUCUCUUACUCAUAUAUGUUGAUGAUAUGAUUAUCACUCAAGAUGAUGCUUCAGGAAUUGAUGAGCUUAAGCAGUUUCUCAGCCACAAAUUUGAGAUGAAAGAUCUUGGCUCUUUGAGUUAUUUUUUAGGACUUAAAGUUACAUCAUCAGAUGAUGGCUAUCUUCUCUCUCAAGUGAAAUAUGCAUCAGAUCUCGUGUCUAAAGCUAGUCUCACUGAUAGUAAGAUUGUCUCCACACCUCUCGAACUGAAUGUUAAGCUCACAACAUUAGAUGGCUCUCCACUUGCUGACCCUACUCGUUAUCGACAAUUGGUUGGGAGUUUGAUUUAUCUUACUAUGACACGCCCAGACAUAACAUAUGCAGUUCAUGUUGUUAGUCAGUUUAUGACUGCUCCUCAAUAGUUAGACAUAACAUAUUGAGGAGAUUUCUCUUUUUCUUUGAGUUUGGCCAUUGCUUUUGGCUCUGGCUCCAACAUUUGUGCUACUUCUCUCGACUCAGAAGAUGAUGUCAUCAACAAGUACAAGAAUGGCAAGUCGAAUUUGGAAAAUUUGAAGAAGCGGGGCGCAACCAUUUUACACGGAGUUGAUGCAACCAAAAUGAAGAAUCAUGAUGACUUAAAAAAGCGCAGGUUUGAUCGAAUUAUCUUCAACUUCCCUCAUUCAGGCUUCCAUGGAAAGGAGAGUGAUUACUGGGUGAUUCAGAAACAUAGGACUCUUGUGAGUGGAUUCUUCAGCAAUGCAAGCAAAAUGCUUCAAGUCAAUGGUGAAACACAUGUGAACCAUAAAAUCACACACCCUUUUUGUUGUUGGAAUCUCGAGGAACUGGCUCAUGCAAAUUCUCUGGAGCUGAUUGAAAGCGUUGAGUUCAAAAUAGGAGAUUACCCUGGUUAUAACAAUAAGAGAGGGUCUGGUUCAAAAUGUGAUGAACCCUUCCCUUUGGAUUUGUGCAAUACCUACAAAUUCAGAUUUUUGAAUAGAGCUAAAAACAUAUC